UCUUCGUCCUGCGUCCGCUUCACUUUUCUCUGCGGGCGAGAGUCCUCGAGAAGGAGAGGAAUUUGGAAGGGUUAUGAGUCGAAGCGAGCGAUGCCGAAAUCGCCCAAGGUCUUCCGCACUGGCCCGCUGCCGUCCCCUCUGCUCUCCCGCUUCCGGCGCAUCUCCUCCUCCUCCUCCUCCUCCGCUUUCUCCCUCUUUUGCCUGAUCUUUGGCCUUGCCGGAUUCCUCUUCGGUGCCAUCUCCAUAUCCAGGCCCGCCCGCAGCUGCCCCGGUCUCGAGCCCAGGUCGGUCUCCGUCGUGUGGGACCGCGGCGGCGGGACCGGUAGCGGGACGCCGGAGCGGCACAAGGUGAUGGCUUUCGUCGGGAUCCAGACAGGGUUCGGAUCCGUCGGCCGGCGCAGAUCUAUCAGGCAGACGUGGUUGCCCUCCGAUCGCCCAGGUCUCCUUCGCUUGGAAGAAGCGACCGGUUUGGCUUUUAGAUUUAUUAUCGGGAAGACCAAAGAUAAAUCGAAAAUGGCGGCGCUUCAACGAGAGGUGGAUGAAUACGACGAUUUCAUGCUUUUAGAUAUCGAGGAAGAGUACAGCAAUCUUCCACAUAAAACGUUAGUUUUCUUCAAAGCAGCCUUUGCAUUAUAUGAUUCCGAUUUCUACGUUAAAGCUGAUGACGACAUUUAUCUAAGGCCAGAUCGUCUCUCACUGCUUCUGGCAAAAGAUCGACCAAACCCUCAAACUUAUCUUGGAUGCAUGAAGAAGGGGCCUGUAUUUACCGACCCAAACCUCAAAUGGUAUGAACCACUAGCAUACUUGCUCGGGAAGGAAUAUUUUCUGCAUGCUUAUGGUCCUAUAUAUGCACUUUCAGCAGAUGUAGUUUCAAGCUUGGUUGCACUGAGAAACAACAGUUUCCGAAUGUUCAGCAAUGAGGAUGUCACUAUAGGAUCCUGGAUGCUUGCAAUGAAUGUCAACCAUGAGAACAUCCAUGCUCUCUGCGAACCUGACUGCACUUCAUCAUCAAUUGCCGUUUGGGACAUUCCAAAGUGCUCAGGUCUCUGUAACCCAGAAGUGAAGAUGUUAGAGCUCCAUAAAAGGGAGAUAUGUUCUGGCGGUUCGACAUCCUCAGAUAGAUGACAAGUAAUGCUCAUCUAUUUGAGAGUACGAUGGAGCACCUCCAUCUCAAAUUGGUGCUGCACGAAAAAACCAGUAUCGUCAACCUUGCAAGGAGAUCAACGACACCAACGACGCCUUUUGUUGUUUUGUACAAUUUGAUUUGAGAUACACCUCCAUCAUCAGUCAUUGUCUGUUGACCUCCCAAUUAGUCUCCAUUAUGAGUUCGAGUUCUAAGAGAAUAGGCAGAUGUGACUAAUUGCAGCCA